AUGUCGUUCGGAUUCAAUAUCGGAGAACUUAUCGCAGCUAUCGGAAACAUCUUUAAGUCGAGCUCGGAGAUCAAUGGUUCCAGGGCUGAACGAGCUGAGCUUGCCCAACAACUCGGGAAGUUUCGUCUAGCACUGGCAAAUGCUAAACGGUUGACCAUCGAUCUAAAGUUGUCUCAAAUGGCUAUUGAAUCCGUUGAGAAGCAGCAGCUUGCAAUUGACGCCUUCAAUGUUGUUCGGAGUGUAGGGGAGAUAAAAAGAAAAUCCCUCGACAGAAGAAUCCCGGUCCCCUUAAAACCAGGCUUGAAUAGGAGCCUUCCAGAUCGGGAUGAAGUAGCUUGCAAGGAAGGGAACAUGAGGGAGACGCUGGAUGACCUUAGGAAGAAGAUAAUGUUCUUAGAACUUCUCCUGCAAGAGUGCAACUCAAAUACGAUCCAGGAUAUCGAUGGUCCUGCCGCCCCAAAACAACUGCUCGAUUUCGAAGUCAUCUAUUUUAUAGACGCAUUCGAUAGACAGCGGGUUUUUGACUUUGAAAUGUGCAAAAGGUGGGAGGACUUCCACGAUCUUGUAAAAUUUAAUCUUAAAGACUCGAGUGGGAAGGGCUGGGUGAAUGCCGGACAAUACGAGAUAUCGGAUGAGACCACAGGAGUUGUGUUGAAUGCAAAGGAGUGGGAUACACUCAUCAGUCCAGGGAUGACGCUUUCCAUGGCCAUGAUACUCGAAAUCGAAGUUGAGGACACCGAAGAGAACAACAACUGUCCAUCAUGUGACACAACACAUUGUGGAGUGAAAGCUAAUGAUCUUCAACAGCUGCGUUGCCCCGAAUGCGAAGCGGUGCUCAAGACCACGUCAAGACAGCAGAUUGAUCAACCGAGCAAACUCCACCGAGUGCUUUAG